UGAAGGAAGCAGCAAAGUAUUGCAUUAACAGAUCGCCAAUUCAUCGAAGAGGCGUGGCUUUGCAGGCCAGGAGAAAUCCAACUUCUGAACCCAAUAUACGCGCGGACUCCACGCGGCCCUUCUGAACGCCUUAUGUCGGGACUGCACCCUGGAGAGUAGAGAUCAGUGGUCAGCGAGAGGAUAACUGAGAAAGGCCAUGGCCUACUCCAGCUACAGCAACCUGAGCAGGGCUCAACUUACCUUUGAAUACCUGCACACAAACUCGACAACCCAUGAAUUUUUAUUUGGAGCCCUAGCAGAGCUUGUGGACAAUUCCAGAGAUGCCAACGCCACGAGAAUUGACAUUUACACAGAGAAAAAGCCAGAGCUGCGGGGUGGCUACAUGCUGUGUUUUCUCGACGACGGCAUUGGAAUGGACCCAAGCGAUGCCACGCAUGUGAUCCAGUUUGGAAAGUCAAGCAAACGGUCCCCAGACUCAACUCAGAUUGGCCAAUAUGGAAACGGGCUGAAAUCGGGAUCCAUGCGUAUUGGGAAAGAUUUCAUCCUGUUUACAAAAAAGGGCAACAAUCUAACCUGCCUUUUUCUGUCGAGGACUUUUCAUGAAGAAGAGGGACUCGAUGAGGUAAUAGUGCCUCUCCCUUCCUGGGAUUUAGUGACCAAAGAGCCACUGACGUCUGACCCAGAGAAGUAUGCCACCGAGAUUGAGCUGAUUUUCAAAUACUCUCCUUUUAAAAGCCAACAAGAUUUGAUGGAGCAGUUCAGCAAAAUUGAAAGUAGCAGCGGAACACUGGUGAUCAUCUAUAAUCUGAAGCUUAUGGACAACAGAGAGCCAGAGUUGGAUAUAGAGACGGAUCACCAGGACAUACUGAUGUCUGGAACACCUACAGAAGGAGUGAAACCAGAGAAGAGGUCGUUCAGAGCAUACGCUGCCGUGUUGUACAUCGACCCUCGCAUGAGGAUUUUUAUACAGGGACAUAAAGUCAGGACCAAAAGGUUGUCCUGCUGUCUUUAUAAACCAAGAGUUUAUAAGUACUCAUCAACUCGUUUUAAAACACGUGCCGAGCAAGAAGUCAAGAAAGCAGAUCAUCUCGCUAAACUUGCGGAGGACAAAGCCAGAGAAUCUGAGAGCAAGCGUUUGGCAACGGAGGCUAGACUUGGAGAGGAUGUGUCAAAAGACUCUCGGACUAUCCUGAGGAAAGUUCAAGAUUCGGCCAUGAUGCUCAGACGGGAUGCUGACAUGAAGAAAAUAAUUCUAGAGGCCAAACAAAAAGCGUUAAAAGAGCCCAAAGAGUUGAACUUUAUUUUUGGAGUGAACAUUGAACAGAGGGACCUGGAUGGGAUGUUUGUGUAUAACUGCUCUCGUCUUAUCAAAAUGUACGAGAAGACUGGCCCUCAGCUGGAGGGAGGCAUGGCCUGUGGAGGUGUUGUCGGCGUAGUAGAUGUCCCAUAUUUAGUUCUUGAGCCUACUCACAAUAAGCAAGACUUUGCUGAUGCUAAAGAGUAUCGCCAUUUACUUAAGUCAAUGGGGGAACAUCUGGCUCAGUACUGGAAGGACACUAACAUAGCUCAGAAAGGCAUAGUGAAAUUCUGGGACGAGUUUGGAUACUUGUCAGCCAGCUGGUCCGCACCUCCGUCAUCAGAGACAAGAUACAAAAGACGCCGAGCCAUGGAGAUCCCACUUACUAUUCAAUGUGAUAAGUGUUUAAAAUGGAGAACGCUGCCAUUCCAGAUGGAUGCUGUGGACAAACGCUACCCAGACAGUUGGGUGUGUCUUAUGAACCCUGACGGCACACAGGAUAGAUGUGACGCUUUAGAAAAGAAACCCAAUUUGCCCUGUGGUGUCCUAAAGAAAGAAAGGCAGACAUCUGAAGAAAAACAGAAAGACCUGUCAGAUAAAAUCAAACAGCAGCAGGAGAAGCUCGAAGCCUUGCAGAAAACAACCACUAUCAAAUCCGCAGCAGAUAUAAAGAAACUUCCACUGAAUGUUAGCAUGAAACCAGCAACAGAGAGCUCUUCACAGGCAAGUCGAUCUUCAGUGAGGGCUGUAACACGCCCCCGAUCUCCGCCUCUGCCAGCUCACCUCAAGACAGCACAGAAUACUCCACCACCUCGCGCCCCUUCUCAGCGACCCACGCGGACGCCUGCUCCUCCCCCUGCGCCACCUAAGGUUGCUUUACCCAAGUCCAAAGCGGCUGCAAAGUCCCCUGCAGCAAAGCCCACUGCCAAAUUGCCUGCCAAAACACCCCCACCUAGCCGCAGUUCGCGGUCUCUUGCUAAACCAUCGGUAAAAUCACCAGCAGCUGGACAACGCAAGAAAGUAAUUGAGCAGGACGACAGUGAGGAGGAAGAUGAGGAGGAGGAAGAAGAGGAGAAUGAAGACGAAACGGAGGAGAGUGAAGAGGAUGAACCCCAGACAAAGAGAUCAAAGAUGGCGGCUGCAGCUGAUAACAGGGGGAAAGUGGUGGAGAAAGCCCCAAUUGCCAAACGUGGCAAGAUAGAAGAGGUUAACAAACAGUCCCAGUCUGGAAAGAAAGCGAUUGCUGCUCCUUCGCGGCAGGCCCCUGUUGUUGAACCCGAGGUAAACGAGAAGACACAGCAGCAGGAGCCAGAGAGCGCCAUUAAGAAUGUUCAGAAAGAUAAGGGGCUGCUAGUUGAAGUCCGUGUCAACAAGCAGUGGUUUACCGGAAAAGUCAUGGCUGUGGAGACCAACAAACAGCGCAUUCGCUGGAAAAUCAAGUUUGACUAUGUCCCUCGAGCCACCCCUAAAGAUAGAUGGGUGUUUAAGGGCAGUGAGGAGGUCCGACUGAUGCGUCCGGCAUCCCCCAUCUCUCAGACGCCUGACACCCAGCAGGGUGAGAAAGCAUCUGCAGCCAUGGAGCCGGAUACCACACAACCUGGAACCAGUCGAGAGGUGACUGAGAGCCUGGUCACUAUGUUGAGGACGAUGUUGCGCUACUUCUUCCCUCCUGCUUUUCGGAUUCCAAAGGAUGAUGUUAACGGCAUGACUGCAGAGGAUUUGGUAGCCUUUCCUCUGAAAGAGUACUUCCACCAGUAUGAAACAGGUCUGCAGUCAUUGUGCAACUCGUAUCAGAGCAGAGCGGACGCGAAGGCAAAAGCUGUGGAAGAGAAAAGCAACAGCGCGGAGACAAAACUCAAGGAGGCAGAUGAGAAACUACAGAAACUGCGAACCAACAUUGUAGCUCUCCUGCAGAAAGUCCAAGAGGAUAUCGACAUCAACACAGAUGAUGAACUUGAUGCGUACAUCGAGGACCUUCUUACCAAAGGCGAUUGAGGCGAAGCCUACAUUGAAAGAACGUCCACACAAAGACAUUUUUUUUAUUGCAGCCAUGACACUAACAGCUGCCCAGGCACUCCUUGUUAAGCGUCCUGUCAAUAGUCUUGGUUAUUUUCAUUGUUAAACAUUAUUCCUGUUAAACUGUUUUUUUUUUCCAAAUUUUAUUUAGCUGUAAGCAUGCACACUCUGCAACAGUGUUUUGUUUAUUUUGGUUUUUGAUUUUAUCAUUGUUAGCAACACUCUGGCCUGUGAAUUUUGUUUUAGCUUUUUAAUAAACCUGCUUCUAUUGUAUAUGGUAAUCGGUUUCAGACACUAUUUUACUUUAACUUUUGUAGGUUUACUAUGGUUUAGGGUGUCCAUCUAGUUGACACAAAACUACAGCAAGCAUUUGAAGAGUUUGGGUUGAUGGCCCCCAAUAUCUGUACUGCUGUCUUUCUGUCAUGGCUAACUACUAUUUUUAUACACUUCAGUGUUGCAUAUAAUAUGCCUCAUCCUGGUCAGCCUGACAAGCUAACUGAGUAUAUAUAUGACACUAAGAAGUUCCUACUGGGUUUUAUCAGUACAAAUGUCCAGUAAUUCCUGUGCUGUGCUUCUUUCUAAAAGAAAAUAUCUGUUUAAUGCAUAAGUAAGGAUGUUACUAUUCAUUAACUGUUACAGUGUUUUAUUAAACAUUGCAUGCUUCAGCCAUGUUUAAGAAUCAGAAGAAAGGAUUCUGUAUUUUUGACAAAUCUUGAAUUAAAAACGGGUUUACCCUCAA